UAUUGCUCACACAAUACGAAUAUAUUUAGAUAUAAUAUUAUAAGCGGUAUACAUAUAAGCGGUAUACAUGUGCAAGGACAAGUACGCAGCAUGUGAGCUCAUAAACUCACUAUUCAUGUACAUAUCUACGGAAUGGUGUCAAAUGUGGGCUCUUUCACAGCCAAUUCGGCAUCCGGACAUGGCGGCAAUGAUUUCCAGGUACCCCCUCGCGCUAUAGACGACGGCUAUACGUAUCUGGAUCCACUUAGCCCCACUACGCUUCCCCCGUCACGCAGUACUCCUGCUAGCCUGUCCACCUCGGGCAGACAUGAAAGCACUGAAGCCCCAAUAGCACGCGCACAGUCACAAACGCACACACAUACAUAUAGUGCACAGUCGCAUACACACACUUACAACUCACAAUCGCACACACACACACACAGUAGCGGCGCAAUCACACACAGUGGUCGUCAGAGCUCACGGCCGUUACCGCAGACGCCCGGUUCAAGCGUAAACUCAUCCAACGCAAGGACUAGUGCGGAUCUCAAGCACAACAAGUCUUUGCCUAGUAUUCAAUACUCCAGCGCCAAUGGCGUGUCUACCAAGAAUUUCAGGGGUUAUAGAGCAUUCAGUCCUGUUCCCCUUCCCGUUCGCCAGGCGUCUAUGCAUGGCACAACAGUGCCUGGAGAUGACGACACCUACACCACAUUCGUAAGCCCCGAAAGUCUGAGUGCUAGCGUGGGGCGCAUGAAUUUGCACGGCGGUCGCGCAACGGACUCUGGGGACGACCAACUCAGUUAUCGCGAAUAUUUUAGUCUAGCACGGCAGCCUAUAGAUGCACAGAAUAAUACCAACAAUCAGCAUAACAGUACCAAAGCUACAUCCAAACCUAAACCAAAAAUACCAUCACCAGACAUGGUCAACUCGGUGUACACAACCCUGGACGGGGUUGAGCACGCGAGUGUAGCGCCGCCGUCAACAAGCCUCGCCAGGCUAUCACAAGUAUCUGGUGCGUCUCAGACCAGUGUGAGCAGUAGUAGUAAUAGUAUUACCACACCUAUCUCCAGAGUAUCCGCACAGGCCAUGCGUAGUCCUCCGCCUGUUAACGUGCGACCAACGUUACCAAGAGCCACAAGUGUUCCCGGCAAUAACACACACACACAGCCAGCCAGUGAAACGUCGUCGUUCAAACCCAGGGCUGCGCCUCGCCCAGGAGUCACGGAGAGAAUCAGCCCCAGCCUUAGCAUACCCGAGCAUGCUAGUAUUAAUACGCUGCCAAAACCUACAAGCACAUCAAACACGUCCACCCAAGUACACACAGAGGAGGAGGCAACACCGCCUGCACGACCACCUAAGAGGCGAGACUCGACAAGUGGUAGAAUCAAUACUUCGCGACCAGAGUACGACAAUGUACCGGCAAUCCGCGGAGCUCCUGUACGGCACUCAGUGCAGCAUAAUACCAACUCAAUAUCGCAUGAGAGUGAAAGUGGGUACUUGGGUGGACUACACACCGAAAGACUACAUUAUAGUACUAAUUCGAUAUCGAAUACCAGUGAAAGGGGGUACUGUGGUGGACCACAUACCGACGAUUCAGCAACUGCUUCCGGAGAUUUUAGGCGAUCAUCCAAUGGAUACUAUGAAAUCGAUGAUGAAGUUAUAAGCGACAUAGAACGCCACUUACACAACGAGCAGCAACCGCAUGACAGACGAAUUUCACUGAGCAGUCAGUCAGUUUAUUCACAAGACAAUGUAGGGUAUGAUCACCCUCAAAAUACCGGUGGAGCUGGGAGGUAUAGUAGGUCGAGCAGUCAGUCAUUUUUUUCACAGGAAAAUGUAGGGUAUGAUCACCCUCAAAACACCGGUGGAGCUGGGAGGUAUAGUAGGUCGAGCAGCCAGUCAAUUUGUUCACCGGACAAUGUAGGAUAUGACUUUCCUCAAAAUACCGGUGGAACUGGGACAUAUAGUACUGCUGAAUUUUUCGGAGAUCACAGCCAGACACCCUCAGGCGUGUACGACCUACCGCAAUCUGUAACAGACAAUACGAUGUAUGCUACACCUGUUAUGCCCGACGAAUUUGUGCCGAGAAACGAACGAUCCACAUCAAGCCUGAUCUCUGACCAGGGCAGCGUUCAGAGUGGAAGUGCAAGACGAGAUAUGGGAUCCCGAACUGCGAGUGCUGUGAGUCUCGCGUCGAAGGGAAGCGUGGAGGAGUCUACAUUCUUCUUGCCAAUCCCUGUCAGCAUGAAUCACUCGGCGCGGAGAGAACAUCUCAAAGCUGUUAUGAAUGGACAACCUCGCGGCUCGUGGUUGAUACGUUUCAAUUGCGAGAAGGGCCUUUACGUACUGUCUGUCAAGGAUAUCGCCAGGAUACGUAAUUUAUGGAUAGAAAAUAGGAGGUGCCACUACCAAUUAUCCGGACGGUCGUUCAAAACACUGUAUGAUCUGGUGUCCCACUUUACGGAAAAUCAAAUAAUUGACGAUAUUGGCUUUAGGCUGACGGAACCGAUUAAUGUACCGGAGAUCAUCUAUAGAAGGCAUCUACAGACGCGGGAAAUCAACAACCCAAGAUCAAAAUAAAGUUGCACUGCAGCCAUCACAAAAUUGCGCCGAAUAUAACUGGCAAAGGGUGCAUUUGCAAACAAACUCGAUCUACUGGCGUCAUAUCUAGUUAUUAAUGUACCGGAGAUCAUCUACAGAAGGCAUCUAACUUGUUGAUCACACUUUGUACCGCUCUACAGACGCGGGAAAUCAACAACCCAAAGAUCAAAAUAAAGUUGCACUGCAGCCAUCACAAAAUUCACGCCGAAUAUAACUGGCAAAGGGCGCAUUUGCAAACAAACUCGAUCUACUGGCGUCAUA